AUGCGAGCGGUACUGCCGGGGAGACCCCCAGCGAAGCUCCAGUCAUUCAGCACAGCGCUGUGGGACGGUCUUCGUGUUGUUGCAUACAUCUCCGGCCACGCGCUGGUUAUCCUCGGCGGUCCGCAGAAGCUCCUACAAACGAUUUACGUCGACGAUACCGAUGCUCUUGAAGCUGUAGCCUUUGAGGAGACCUCCGGGAAGAUUGCUGUUUGUGGGGGGCCCGAUGUGUUCGUGUACCAGCCGUACGGCAUCCAGGGCGAGACAUUGAAGGUGCGCAUACAGUUCGACCCCGAAACUUGGCCUGGAGAAAUAGACUGGUCUCUCCUUUAUACAUUCCGUGCCGGCGAUGACGACGAACCGAUCUAUACGCUAUCGUGGGGUUCCGCGAACGAGCUCCUGGCGGGCAACUCCAGACUCGCCCUCUGGUUUCUGAAUGACGAACCGCGACUAGUAUGGAAACGCCAGCUAGCGAUGCCAGUGAAAUUCGCACAAUUUUCUCCGGAUUCAGCUUUGAUUGUUACAAUAGGUAAAUACGACCGCUUGGCUAAGAUAUGGAGGCGGCUUGCUUUUGGUGCAGAUGAGGUCCGGUUUGAGGUCUCAUAUCUCCCGCAUCCGAAUGUCGUUACUGGGAUACACUGGCGAAUGCCGCGACACCCUGAACAGUCCAUAGAUAAUGUCCUCUACACAUUUUGCGCCGAUAACAAGAUCCGGGUAUGGGCUGUGACAGACCACCAUGCGCUUUCGCCACUACAGUUUUGGGCUGUGAUUGAUAUGGGUGAGUCGGUUCAGCCUAGACAUGCCUUGAACGAAGAACAAGGACCACAACGGCGAUAUGGAUUUAUUUUGGACGGCCGCGACUUUUGCGCUGCAACUGAACGUGCUGUUCAGAGGACUACAGGAAAUAAAGAGAACCAUGCAUUGGAACAUGUCAUCGAGGUUGCGAACAAGGCGCCGGAGAUCUGUGUUGUGAUUGACGGUCAGGGCCACAUGUCGGCCUGGGCUUUGGAAGAUGUUGGCUCUAAAGCAAAGACCAAACUGAGCGUCUUCAAUAUUCUCCAUGUGGAGGGAUUGGGGUUUGGAUUCGCAACUAAUAGAUCGUUGCAAGAGGACUAUGCUCAAAUCCAUGCAUUUCAAAAUACAGCAUCAGAUGACACGCUAAGCGUUCUGGUUCAUCACUUCGACGGCCGGAUUGAGUGGUAUGAUUCCCAAGUGGAUCUUCUCUUUGACCCUGCACCUCGAACAAAACGAAUCAUACAGACCGCGUCUUGGUCAGGCCAUACAGCUCCGGUCAAGAAGAUUGUCAGAAACGCUGUUGGAGAUACACUUGUGUCACGUACCAACGAAAACAAAGCAACAGUCUGGAAACAGCGGCGCCAUGAUGGUGGAUCAAGAUUGGCUCACAAGAGCGUGGUGCUCUCCGACGAGCAUAUCCACCGGACAUGCGUGUUGGAGAACAGCAGUCUUCUGGUUAAUCUCCAUCAUAAUGGCAUCUCGCUGUGGGAUUACAGCUCAUAUCACGCGAAGAAAGUGGCUUCAUUACCUUUCACCCGAGAUAACAAGCCGCUCUGUGUGCUCCCAAUCCCCAGCACUGAGAUCACCUCGGGCGUUGCUUAUGUAGCGACCAUCUGGGCAGAUAUGCAUGGUAUCGCAUGGGAAAUCAAAUGGCCCACCAAGGACAGCCAGAGCAAAUCUGGAGAUGAUGCUGGCUAUCAUCUCCGAGAGCUCUGCAUAUUUGACAUGGGAUUGAAAGAGGACGUCGCAUACAUUCUUCCCGUGGACCCGGCCGGCCCCAAAGCCAAGCACUCUGGCUUUUUCGAUGCCUUCUCCACCGACAUCGCUCUCUCAUAUACAUACAGCGGUGUCGUGCGUACAUGGACCGCCAAGGUUGACCCUGCAAAUUCAAAAGCUGAAUGGCUGCUGCAAUCCACAGUUGAUACUGGCAUCACCAACCCCUCUCUGGCCAGUGGAAGCUCUAUUCGCAAGGCAGCUUUGGUAGACGAACAUCGGACUCGCCUCACCAUUUGGGAUACCAACAAUGCCCAAUUGGAGUUCGAGGAACGGUUCGCUUCACAUGAUAUUAUUCGGGAUCUUGACUGGACCUCAACACCCGACAAACAAUCCAUUUUGGCUGUAGGAUUCCCUCACAAAGUGGUUCUUCUGUCACAGCUUCGUUACGACUAUCUAGACUCUCGACCUUCAUGGACUCAGGUUCGGGAGAUCUGGAUCCGGGACCUCACACCUCAUCCCAUCGGAGAUUCUUGCUGGUUAAAUAAUGGUCAUUUGAUCAUAGGCGCAGGUAACCAGCUCUUUGUUUGGGAUAAGGAUAUCAAUGUUGGAGAUCGUCUGGUCUCUGAGCUUCGAAUGCCGUCCCGGGGACUUGAGUCUGUCGAUAUGUUCGACGUUGUUAGCCGGCUUAAUGGCCCACUUCCUGUGUUCCAUCCACAAUAUUUGGCACAGUGCAUUCUGGCUGGGAGGACCAGCCUGGUACACACAAUUCUGUUGAACCUGCAUCGGAAGCUGAAGUUUUAUACCGAGGGUGACGACCUAGAUGGCUUCUUGGAGAUGCCGGUUGAGUGUUUCUAUGAAGAGGAUGGCUCCCAACAAGCAGUUUCUAAGGAAAUGCGCUCCUCUUAUAUGGAUUCCGCCGACGAGGAAAUGUCCUCUGUAAUAGAUGAAAAUACUGCCACUGCACUUAACGAGAACUUGGCACGCAUCGCUCUGCCUCAACUGUCCAGUCAUGAGCAGUUCCGCCUGGCUGAUACCAUUGAAUGCGUUGCGAUGGUUGAAAAGCACAGACGAUCAAUGGACGAUAAUGCAGCACGCUAUCUCCUGUUCUUCCGACAACACAUGCUGCGACGGACCCAGGGAGUUGCCAAUAAAGACGCUGUCUCAUGGCGAGAAAUUGUAUGGGCUUAUCACAGCAGCAGUCAAGACAUCCUCACAGAUCUCGUAUCGAGGCAGUUCAAUGGAAAGUUGACAUGGAAGGCUGCUCGUGAAAGCGGUCUCUUCAUGUGGCUCUCGGACCCGGUAGCUGUUAAAGCACAACUCGAGAUUCUUGCUCGGUGUGAAUACACCAAGACAGAAGAGCGGAAUCCUAUCGACUGCACUCUAUACUACCUCGCUCUUGGAAAGAAGAAUGUUCUCCAGGGCCUCUGGCGUAUCGCACAUUGGAACCGCGAACAAGCAGCCACCCAACGUUUGUUGGCGAAUGACUUCAAAGAACAGCGAUGGAAGACAUCGGCGCUCAAGAAUGCCUAUGCAUUGCUUGGGAAGCGACGAUUCGAAUAUGCUGCAUCUUUCUUCCUUCUUGCAGACCACUUGCGUGAUGCUGCAAACGUUAUCAUAAACCAGAUGGGUGAUCUCCAGCUUGCUAUCGCAAUCACGCGAGCAUACGAAGGAGACAAUGGACCAGUUCUCCGACACAUCCUAGAGGAGAAAGUCUUACACGAAGCUGCCUCGGAGGGCAACCGCUGGAUGGCCUCGUGGGCCUUCUGGAUGCUCAGACGGCGAGAUAUGGCAGUGCGGGCACUGAUCUCACCUGUCGAGACCCUCCUAUUACCACCAACCCCGACCUCACCAGUAAGCCCGGGACGAGUAACCCUACAAUCAAAAUCCUACCUCUCCAACGAUCCCGCCUUGGUCGUUCUCUACCACCAGCUCCGCGCAAAGACCCUUCAAACCCUCAAGGGCGCCUCAAAGGUCCGACCCCGCGAAGAAUGGGAGUUCGUCCUCCGCAACGCCAGACUUUACGACCGCAUGGGCUGCGAUUUCCUCGCUUUAGAUCUGGUGCGCCACUGGGAGUUCCUCGGCGGAUUACCCAUGCAAGACUCAAUGCACGCUAACACUUCUCUCGAAAUGAAUGAGAAUGGUGUUGACUAUCGGAAGUUGCUUCGUCGCCGAAGCAGCCUCGUUGUGGCUGACUUGCCCAUUCGACUUACGGACUCCAGGGUUUCUGGGGCUGAGAAGACAGGUGUUGAAUCUAAGAAGGAAGAAAAGCCCAAGCCGAAACCGGCUCCGACUAUGUUCCAUGAACCGGAUGCUAAUUCUUUGUUGGAUAGCUUUGGGUUCUAG